CUGGCCCCCCGCACCGGACGGGUGUAUUAUAGAUGCGCAUCCAAGCAGCCGGGCGGCGGGGGCCACUGGACGGGUGCAAUGUGACGGGGUCGGGAGAGACUGGGACACAGCCUUUACCCCACGAGGGAGGGAGGGUUUAACCAUUAACCACCAUUAACCAUUAAGGCAGCUGUGCAGAGCCGGUACCGUACAUAAGGCGUGCGCACCGGCGUCCACGCCUCAGCUUGAGCGCGUUACCAAGAGGUGGAGGAUUCAUGCAGCCUGCCACACGGAGUCCUUGUGCUCUUACUGAUCAUCACUCCGGUUUGUCCGCCUCUCCUCUGUGGACCGCUGACACUAAAAGGGGACUGUCCUCUCUGGAUGGGGAGGUACGUUUCAGCGGCCAGUAAUUCAAUCCUUGUACUGCAGACCUUUAAAUAUCUCUCUUGAAAACCUCCCAGCAGCCACGUGGUGUAAGGUGAGACAUUCCCAACCCGGUGCACUGACCAGUCUGACGUGAUCAGUGGACUGAGAGCAUGACCAGUCUGCGCUGCAGUUUGGCCACUUCAGACCUGUGAUUGUAGCUUUUACUGAACUUUGAAGAACUGUUUACAAGUGACUGGAGGGGAUUUCUGUGGUGAGUCCCUGAGCCCAUUGUUCUUGCUCUACUGUGCUGAACCAGUAUGCUUUCUUCUUCUUUUGUCGGCCUACCCUGAGCACCUUGCAGUGAAUGGAGAACAUACUGGUUCUACUCCCGAAGCACCGACAGGAACACGGGCUCUGCAGACGCACGGCUGCAUGUGCCUUGCUGCAGGUUUUUUCUCACAGAGCAGUUUUCUCCUCGUCUUUAAUAGCGACAUCCACUCCCUGUAAACCUCUUUAAUGGGAUAAAUCAAUUGGACUGAUCAGGUUCAAAACCAGAUCAGGUAGCAAAUUCCAUUCUGACUUCCCCAAAACUGUUAGGCCAAGGUACGCUGACCUUUCUUUGUCAAGCCCACUGUCUUCCAAAGGCUUCCGCAUGGUACUUUGGUCGAAAGAACAAGAUAAACUCCCCGACAUCAACAUGUCCUCCGGGGCCAUUGAGAUGAAGAAGGAGGGAGGCCCCCUGACACCGGCCUUCCUCAACUCAAACUGCUCUGUUCACCCGGUAAUCCUCACCAAGGGCCCUGAGGAGGUUAGCCCAGGUACCGGGGGCGAGUUCGAGCUCACAGAGGUCACAUCUUUCCCAGAGAGGGCCGGUGAGACUGGGGAGGAUGAGGAGAGGUCAGAGAUUGUGGUGGCGAUGGACUGCCGGGCCAAUGCCAAAGGCCAGAGGGAAGAGGACGCUCUCUUGGAGAAUGCAAGCCAGAGCAACGAGAGUGACGACACCAGCACCGACCAGAGCCCUGAACCACCAGCGCCACUGAAGGAGACCUCUUUCUCUAUUGGCCUGCAGGUGGUGUUCCCCUUCCUGCUGGCCGGGUUCGGGACAGUGGCAGCAGGAAUGGUGCUAGACAUCGUCCAGCACUGGACGGUGUUUACGGAGGUGUCGGAGGUGUUCAUUCUGGUUCCAGCACUGCUGGGACUCAAAGGCAACCUGGAGAUGACGCUGGCCUCCAGACUUUCCACAGCGGCUAAUAUUGGUCAGAUGGACACAGCUAAGGACAUGUGGAAGAUGAUCAUGGGGAACUUGGCCCUCAUCCAGGUCCAGGCCACAGUGGUGGGAUUCCUAGCCUCCAUAGCUGCUGUGAUCUUCGGCUGGAUUCCAGAGGGACAUUUCAGGCUGGGCCAUGCAGUGCUGCUGUGUGCCUCUAGUGUAGCCACUGCCUUCAUAGCCUCUCUGCUGCUAGGGCUCAUCAUGAUCGGUGUGAUCAUUGCAUCCAGGAAGGUCGGCAUCAACCCUGACAACGUGGCCACACCCAUUGCUGCUAGCCUGGGAGACCUGAUCACCCUGUCCCUGCUGGCAGGCAUCUCAACAGGACUGUACAAGGAACUAGAGUACAAUGACUAUGCCAACCCGCUAGUGUGUGCAGUUUUUGUGGCCAUGUGUCCCCUAUGGGUGCUGAUAGCCAGGAAGAUCCCAUCCACCAGAGAAGUCCUCUACUCGGGCUGGGAGCCUGUUAUCAUCGCCAUGGCUAUCAGCAGUGUUGGUGGUCUGAUCCUCGAUAAGACAGUCACCAACCCGAACUUUGCAGGCAUGGCUGUCUUCACCCCGGUCAUCAACGGUGUGGGAGGUAACCUGGUCGCGGUUCAGGCUAGUCGGAUCUCCACCUAUCUGCACAUGAACGGUCUACCCAUGGGGGAUCCUAACCCCACCCCCAGGAAGUGCCCCACACCCUGUACCUCCUUCUUUGGCUCCACUGUGAACUCUCGUUCGGCCCGUGUGCUCUUCCUCCUGGUGGCCCCAGGUCACCUCGUCUUCCUCUACACCAUCAACUCCCUAAGGGGUGGGCACACCACUCUGACACCUAUCUUUAUCACCUUCUACCUGGCUGCUGCGCUACUCCAGGUGAUGAUCCUCCUCUACCUGGCAGACUGGAUGGUCCACUGGAUGUGGGGCCGAGGUAUGGACCCAGACAACUUCUCCAUCCCUUACCUGACUGCUCUGGGUGACUUGCUGGGAACCGGCUUCCUCGCCCUCUGCUUCCACAUGCGCUGGUUCAUCGGUGACAGAGACACUAAUGUGGGCAACUGAAUGCAUGCACAGACACACGCACAGAGAAAAAAAAAAAAAAAACAAACAAAAAACUUCACAUACUGUACGCUUGAACGCACGGACAGUGAUCACCCAUUAUCUGAAAAUGGAAGAUGUCUACAUUACAGUAAAAGGGCUAAUCUGUCUGUAGGGCUCUGAUUGGUGGUAUAGUGCACUUGUAGGGAAGUAGUGUUUCAUCUUCAGUAUAUCAAGACACUGAUGCACCAUAGCAGCAGCCCAGAAAUUCAGACAGUAUCUGUGUUUCACCUUAAAAACAAUGGAAACACACAUAUCUUCAACUCAACCACCCAACAAAAAACUCCACUUGAUGGAUCCAGCGCCACAGACUCGACUACUCCUCCUUUAUUUUACUUCAUAACUGAGUCCUACUACUUUUGUUAUUAUUAUAUUAUUGACAAUGAUUAUUAUUGUUGGUAAAUAAUGCAUUUGUUAUGGAUCGAUACCUAUUCUAUGUGAAGGGCCGGUCCUCAUUAUUUUCAAUGGGGACUUAAGCCGUUCCAUGUUUAAAGAUCAACUUUUAACACUUGAAACCAAUACGACAAAAGACAGCAAAAAAUAUAUCAACAUCAGAACAAGCCUAGAAUGCUUAAUCACCAAGUGCUCAUAUAUUAUAUGAAAUCUAAUAUGUUUCUUUUCUGAUUUAGUAGAUUGCGCAGGGCUAGCUGAACUCUCUGUUUUACUUUGGCCGUGUGACAGUAUGAAAAAGGGCUUGUUGUCUGUGUGUGUUGGGUGGGGGGGUGGGGGGUCGUUACUACAGGGGACUGGACCACAAACAUAACAAGCUAAAGCGCUUUUGGCUCCCAUCAACGGAUUGCUUAAUUGGAGCAGGAACAGGGGCAGGAAAUCAAGUUUCUAAUUUCUGUGUUUACUCCCUCACAAUCCAGGGCUUGAGAAUCGGGAAUCAGAUCUGGGAUCAGAUCACAGUCCAGCAAACACUAAUGUCAACCACUACAAGAACAGAUUUACCUCUGAUCCUGUUGGAGGUUGAGAAUGGUCUAAUUAAUGCCUAUUUAAAAGUUUCCGUCAAUGAGGAUUGUGUGUUUGAUCACAAAAUAGUCCCUUAAAUCUCCUCUAGAGUUCACAGAGGUUACAUUGCUUUUUUUUUUUUUUUUACUGAGUCUACUAAAUACUACAGUUAUGAAAUGUCCUGAGUCAGAUACAAGUGAGUGAACACAAAGAAACAGUGGAAAAUAGUAUGUGGAAAAUGGUCAGACAACUGUUGGUUUGGAAGGAAAAUGCACACACCUUUGUUGCAGCUCACUAUGGCUUUUUUUGUUUUGUUUUGUUUUGUUUUUUUGUGGAUGCCAAGAGGUUAAGAGGGGUCUUAUUUUGCCGUGAGCUGUUCCAGGUGAGAAUAGCACCAGUCCCCCUGUCUGAAACCAUCUGCCAACUCUCUACUGGAGCAGGCUAGUUGUUGUUGUGUUGCCCAAGCCAGGCUUAUAGUAAGUGACAAGAGGCUCAACAUGCUGCAACAGACUGGAACAAACCUGCAGAGCUUACCCAACUGCACAGCAUUGUGUUCACACAUGGUACAGAGCGUGAAAAUGCUUUAAGUUGCCUUAGCAUGGUCACAGAAUGUGCUCACUCAAGUUCAGCUGGCACAGUCUAAUUCCAGAGAGAAGAGUACUGAUUGCUGAUAUUUUGUGUGGAUAUGUGAAAUCUUUAGAUAUUUAGUUUAGAUUCCCAUGGAGCAUUUAGACAAUGUUGGAUUACUGAAUCUUUACCAUGACAGACAGACAAUGUUCUCUGAGGUUGGCUAACAGUUAGGUCAGACUAGAGAACAUUUUGGCAAACCUUUUUAGUAUUUUAGUGUUGGCAUUGGUUUUCAUUUGUAGACUUUAGAUAUAGAUUCACCAAAAGAUCAGCGUACUUCCUGAAACUGUUUAAACAAAAAAAUAAAUAAAUAAAUAAAUAAAUACAUUUUAAAAAUUGCUCAAUUUAGCCUCUAUAUCAGUCCAGUCCUGUCAGUUAGCAAGUUUUGCUAGCUUAGACAACCUCUGCUCUCGUCGGUAACUCUUUAGUAAAAAAAAUAAAGAUUUACAAUGUCAACAACAAAAUUCCAUAGGGGAGUAAAGGAGAAAGGAACUAGGAGAGCCAGUGUGACUGACUAGCUCUAGCUUGUUUCUAGCUUGCUAAUGUAUUAUUUGCACAGAGCUUCUACAUAUAGCCUGACUCAUGAAUUUUGGUAUGUGGAUUCACCACUGACCAGUUGCAAAAAAUCUUGAGAGUGCUGACUAACAGGAAUCUGAGGCUAGCUAACAUUAGUUAACAUUACACCAAGAAAUGUUAUACUCUCUGCUCUUUAGGAGUAUAAACUGCUGCUCUACAAAAGCAAUGCAGUCUGUGGUGAGUCAUUAGACAGACACUGAUUGUACAAAGUUUCCUUUUAAGUGUGUCUGAUAUCGAGGCACACAAAUUAAUUUUGCUGUGGGCACUGAGGAAGAUUUAAUCACAGGUUAGAAAAAAAUUGUGUCGGGUUUUUUUCUCUUUUUCUCUUGCUAUACAUAUAAUGAUAACUUAUAACCAUAUAUAUAUAUAUAUAUAUAUAUACAGUAUUGUGCAAAUGUUUUAGGCAGGUUGAGGCACUAAUGGUAAAGUGAGGAAUGGUGUCAAAAAUAAUCUCAUGAUUAAUUUUUAUUCAUCUGUUAACCUUGUGUGAAGUGCAGUAAACAGAAAAAUCCUAAAUCAGGUCAGUAUUUCUUAUGAUACCCCCCACCCCACCUCCCUACCUACAGUACACCUGUACUUAGGUAGUUUUUUCCAGCAUCUUGGAGAAGUUGCCUCAGUUCUUCUGUGGAUUCAGGCUGUCUCAGUGUCUUCUGUCUCUUCAUGGAAUCUCAGACUGACUCCAUGAUGUUGAGAUCAUGGCUCUGUGGGGAGGUCAGACCAUCUGUUGCAGGACUCCUUGUUCUUCUUGUUUCUGAGGAUAGCUCUUUAUGACUGACUGUGUGUUUGGACUCAUUUUCCUGCUGCAGAAUUAAUCUGGCACUGAUCAGACACCUCCCUGAUGGUACUAAUGAAGGAUAAGAGUAAAAACAUCUGGAGUGCCUAAAACCUCUGCACAGUACUGUAUAUAUACAAACUAUCCUCCACCAGACUCAGCAGACUGUACCUGGUACAGACAUUGAUCCAGAGGCUUGAGCUAUCUGGCGCUUAUUAGACUUCUGUUCUGAAGGGGCCAGCAGAAUGCAUGUGCAGGGCACACAGUGUGAAUGUGCAAAACUUGAUUAUUAUUUUUUUUUUUUUUUCAAAAAUCUUUUGUUUUGGUCUGACUGAUUUUUUAAAUGUGUAUUAUGUUAAAAUUGUGAUUUUAAUUUUUUUUUGUCUAUUCCUUUCCUCCUUUCCCUAAUCUUUUUAACUCUUGAUGAUUAUUGUUUUGUGUCAUGAAUUUCAUCAAGCAAACAACCACUGUAAAGAUGAAGCAACUUCACUGACACUGGUCAAAUGCACAAGUACUGUAAUCUGCUAAAUGGACAACAGAGGGCACCACAGGGAUUCUCAUAACUGUACCACUUCUCUGUGUAUCUCUGUGUCCCCUGGAUUGAAACCCACACGUCCACUCUAAGUGACAUUUAUUUUGUCUUCUUUUCUACAGCGUUCGUCAUGUUGUAAAAGUUGCAUCCUUCCAUCUGUCUGACUGACUCUCAGUCUGUAUCCUCCACUCUCUUACUGACCAGGUGCCAGCGUUCUGCCUCUAUGUCAAUGGAAAGUUGUGAAUACUUCUAUAAGGGGGCAAGUAAUGCUUUGUCUAUUUAUUUUUAGAAGCACACAAAGCAAAUUGUACAUACUAUAUUUAUUCUAUAUAUAAGGUUGUUUAUUUUGUCAUUUCAUUUUGGCUCAGUUUCUUUAUCACCAUGUUGUUGUCAUUUUUCUCUUCUCUUUAAUGUGUUUUUUUUUCUUUGCAAAAGGCCAGUAGAGCUUUUUGGCACUUGCCACAAUAGAGUGGCAGUUAGGCUAAUAAAUAGCACAGUGCCUAAUACCUGUCUUUACACACCUCGCACAUAUGCACACACACCCUGUCUCAGGCAGGGAAACCAUACUUAUUAUAAGACAUAGAAAGGCCUUAACCUAUCAGAGCCAAGCUCAACUCAGAGUAACCAAUCAGGAGCUAGGUUCGCCACAGAGUAGCGUCUCUUUAAUUAGCUUUGAUUAAUAAAAGAUGUACAGUAAAUUGAUUAUGAUGUGUAAUGUAAUAAUGACUUUAUAUGAUGGAGAGGAGGGCUGGUAGCAUCAGUUACAAGCUUUUGUUCAUGUGAACCUGCAAAAAUGAGGAGGAGGAGAGUGAAAAACCAGCAGGUUGGACUUACAGGGCACCUGAAAGAUCUGGAAUCAAGUUAAGCACCAGCAGAUGUAAGAUAUCAACUCACAAACACAACAGAAAACCUGAAAAAAAACAAAAACAAAACAAACAAAAAAAAAAAAAAAACACGUGCAAAUGAUAAAAUAACUUAUCACAUCUCCUUAUGAUUCCAGAUGUUUCCCCUGGUAUAUAACAUACCCAGCCUUUAAAACCCUUCACCCACCUACUGCCUUGUUAACCUCAGUGCUUCAAACCCUUGAGCUCCUGAACUCACAGGGAACCAUGCUGAUCCUCAGGCUGCCAAUGUCCACAUCAAGAUCGAGGCUUUGAUUAAGACUCUAAAUGUUCACCUGUCCCAGUCAGUUAUGUUGCCUAUAAGGAAAAACUGAUAUAAAAACAUGUACAGUCUUACUGGGGCUGAGGUCUUUGCAUUCUCUGUGUGCUCUUGUAAAAGCCCAUCCUCUGUGAGGCUAGAGGAGGGCAUUCUCCCUGCAGGACUUUGUAAAUUGCUGGAAAUAAAGGACUAUAUUAUUUCAUACCA